CGCGUACUCUUGUUGUUGUUUCGUUGGAGCGCCAAAUGUCAAUAUUUCCUCUACAUAUUACUAUUAGUUCGUUUAAUACAAAAGAACGGUCGAUUGCGCACAAUCAGGAUGCCAAAAUCUCCAGGUAAUGCCUUAGCACGUCAGGUGGGAGAGCAUGUGCGAGUUUACAUACCAGACACUGAUGUGUGGGUGGAUGGUAAAGUACUCGACAACCACGCAAAGUACACCGUGGAGCUAAAAACGGGCAAAACCAUUAUCGCACCAGGCAGACAAGUCACGAAGCCCUCCAGGUCCCAAUCUAAAUCACCAGCAAGAUCGCGAUCACGAUCUCGGAGCAGAGGUCGCGGGAAGUCUCCACCACGCACAGCAAAGACAAAGAGUGCUACAACAUCGCCGGCUAGAAGGUCUCGGUCCACAUCGCGAUCACGCACCACCACGAUUCCGAUGACGUCAACGCCGGCAAAGAAAACCACACUGAGCGAGACAAAGACGUACAAGAUCGAUAAGGAGGUGAAGGAUGAAGUGAGGUCACUCGGGCCGGAUACUCCCACGCGGACUUCGGCUCGCCUGGCUGCCAUGGCCAGCACCAACAAGCAGCAGCCAGAGUCGAUGACGGCAGAUAUCAAGCAAAUGCCUCGCAGCGAGAAGGUGAGGAAGACGAUGCAGAAGGAGUUUGGUGGUGCUUUCGGAGCAUUGACAACGAUGCUGAUGCUGCCAGCCACCGUGAUCCUUCUCUAUUUCACCUGUACAAAGGGAAAGUGCGUAUUCUUCAAGAGACCUGAGCUACCUCUGCAGCUCCAUGCAUAUUUCAACUGGCAGGCAACUGCAGCAUACAUGGGCUGGUUCGUUGCACAGGUGCUGUUGGCAUUGUUACCUAUUGGGCGCAUCGUACAGGGACAGCCUUUGCGUUCGGGCAAUCGUCUCAGCUACCGUCUCAAUGGUGGUCUUGCGUUUGUGGUCAGCUUGGCCAGUCUCGUUGUGGCACAGAUGUACCUUAAGUAUCCGAUCGCUGCCUUCGUCUACCGCAACUACAUGCAGCUGGCUUGUACUGCGAUGGUCUUCUCCACUCUGAUGUCUGUCAUCCUGUACCUGAAAGCUCGCCGUGCCGCCAACAAUGCCCUGAACCCAUACGGAAAUUCUGGCAGCCAUAUUUACGAUUUCUUCCUCGGUCACGAGCUGAACCCUCGCAUCCGCAGCUUUGAUCUGAAGUUUUUUUGUGAGCUGAGACCUGGACUCAUUGGAUGGGUUGUCAUAAACAUGUGCAUGGUCGCAAAGGAUUGUCAGGACAAUGGCAGUCCAUCUUAUCCUCUACUGUUGGUCGUCGGCUGCCAGUUUCUUUACGUAUUUGAUGCUCUAUUCCAUGAGGAAUCGGUGCUCACGACCUUUGACAUCACACAGGAGGGAUUCGGUUGGAUGCUGGCAUUUGGUGACCUGGUCUGGGUGCCAUUUGUCUACUCCCUGCAGGCACGCUACCUGCUCGAUCACAGGAGCUCUGUGCACGUGCACAACUACGCUCUAGUGGCUAUUCUCCUGCUGAACAUGAUUGGAUUCUGGAUUUUCCGACUGGCAAACAAGGAGAAGGACACCUUCCGGAAGAAUCCUCACCAUCCCAGUAUUUCUCAUCUGAAAAGCAUCGCAACACCGUCUGGCAAGCGACUCCUCAUCUCUGGUUGGUGGGGAUUCGUGAGGAAGCCUAACUACCUGGGAGAUCUGCUGAUGGCUGUCGCCUGGUCGCUGCCCUGUGGAUUCCGCCACCUGCCGCCGUGGUUCUACCCGAUCUACUUUGCCGUGCUGCUCGUGCACCGCGCAAUCCGGGACGAGCACGCGUGCCGACAGAAGUACGGUGACGCGUGGGACCGCUACUGCGAGAAGGUCAAGUACCGAAUUGUACCGUACGUGUUUUGAGACUGCUGCAUCCGGCACGUCUGAAGUGCCCGCUUGCUUGAGUGCCAAUCACUGUCGCACUGGACGGUAAAGCCGACUUUGUGUGGGAGAACUAGUGCACCCGACACGCUCCCAACGCGCGCUCGCGUUUUAUUUAGUUAUGAAGCACGUUUUAACGAGUUAGAAUAGUUCCCGACUUUCACGUGGCCCGCAAUCGCUGUUUGCACACGUCUGUUCGAUUAUCGAGAGCCACACGGGACCUUACAACCGUUAUGUAUUACAACUGCGUGAGGUAACUGCUGUCCAAAUACCUUAGCGAGCAGCCUGUGACUAGCUAAUUUGUUUAUAUGUCGUACCAAAGAUGGACAGACUUGUUACAGCCCAAAUAGACAACAAGUGAAACAACAACAAUAUUACCCUCCUAAUUCCGUAAUUGUUCAACGAGUACUGAUUGCGAGAAGAACCGAGGAAGAAGAAAACGUAAAAUUACACUAAAGUUUUAUAUCUCAGCACUACUUUUUUGCACGUAAGCCCCAUUUUUAAAAACUGUUUUCGUAAAUUCUGUUUAUUGUGUAAAUAAAUGCAUGUAAAAUGCGUUUUGUAUCGAUGUUAAAAACGUACUGAACUCAUUACGUAUAGCAGUACAUAUUUUUAGAAUAUUUUCGUCGACGUGUCUGACGUAUUUUUUUACAAGCCGUAGUCGUAGGAACCCGUUGUAAUGUGUGUUGGCCUAGAGACCGCGUGUUUUGUCAUGUUUUUAACUGACGUCUGUCACCAUGUGCAAUCUGGAAAUGUACGAUAUUAGUAGAGAUUAGCCUCAUAGCUAUGCCGAUUAUCACACAGCAGUAUGAAGAGUUGGUCUUGGACCUGGUAGAGUAUGUAUCUGGCGGUGAGAGGGUCACAAGGAUUUGUCCAUUCCUUAAUGUCUGUAGAUUGGUUAUUGAACCCACGUGACUGCGUUUGCAGGAGGUGCAAUGGCUUGCGUGUGUGAAUGAAUGUUCCAUUCCCUUUCGACCGCCAUUCGCCAAGCAAUCGGGUCCACUCCUUAAUCACUGACACAAAUGCCUAUAAUUAUAAGCGGACUCGAUGGCAUAAUUCUAAUCCAGGGUUUGCAUAGACGCUCCCCAUCCUUCUGUGGCUGCAGUUGUCACGUACCUCUCAAGGCCGAUUCAUAAAGUAAUUAGACAUUUUAUUAUUUCUAUUUUAGUUUUUUCUAAAAAGUCAUCCACUUGGGCUUAAUGGUUUAUGAUCGAAAUUUAAUGAGUUUAAAUAGCUUCACGGUACAAAAAUAUUAAUUUGAGGAUUGGUGUAAAAACGCGAUAGAAAGUUUUGGCGUUUACUCAAUAUAGUGUUCAUUUUCUAGCCGAUUGCAUCUUAAUUUAGAGCUAUUAAUCGUUUAAAAUUAUUUAUGAAUCGUUCAGUAUUCAUUUGCUCACCAUUUUCAGCACGUCACCAUGUAUGUGACUUGUGCAGAAAUUAUUAAGCAUUAGCUUAAUAUAGCCAGCCAAAGAUAGACCGUGUAAUAAUAAAAUACCGUGUAAAACGCCAAAUUAAAACCAAAGUCCGUAGUUCUACUUGGUUUUUCCAGUAAUUUAUUAGUAAAAUAUAAGUAAGUGGUUUCCUUACACUGCCUUGUCAUCCUGUAGUUAAUGGCGUCUGUAUGAGUUAGUCUAAAGAAAAUGGGUAUGAAUUGUGGUACAUCCAAUUCGCACCGUGGUCAGGGCCCUGUUGUUAUUAUUCUGGUGUCAUGAGCAGUGUUUUAGCAUCUACGCGGCUUUCGUUGCAUUUUAUUAUAGUUGCAUGUUUAACUUCUACUCGUCUAUAUUCCUAAUUUUAAGUUAAAAUUCCUGUUAAAAUUUAUAGAGGUAGAUGUCGCGCAUGUUUAUCGUAAAAACAGGAAUGUGGUUUAGACAGGUUGAAAAACGCCGAACACUCGUUAGUUUCUUCUUGACGGGUUGGUGUUGGAUACCCUAUAAAAUACCUAUAUAUUAUACCUAUAUUAUUUUAGCCUAGUAUUAUGUCUAGUAGCAACUAUUUUUGUGCGCAUUUGUAAAUACUUGUCACACAUGUUUGCUACAUAUAUGUAUUUGCACAUUAGUUUUACAUUUUUAUCAUCAACGUCGUCAUGGCGCUCUAAUGGAACCACAGUGUUUGUCACGUCAUUUCGGUCUUCAUCGCUUUUCUUCGUUAGUGACGUUAGAGGCACCAUAUUCGAAAAGAGGCAGGGUUCCACCUGCGUUUGUAGGUAGUUCAAUAACAGGGUUCUAGCGGGUCCUCGAAAAUUUUGGAGUAUUAAAAUGAUUAUUUUCCAAGUCUGAAAUGUCCUGGAAAAUAGGGUGUAACCCUGGAAGGGACUCAAAGAUUGGUUGUCAUUGCGUUUGGUCAUACAACGUCCUUGAAAUUGAGAACGUAUUUAUAUUUUCUGAGCCGCAAUAAUAUUCGGUUCAUGAAAGAUUUUGUUCACCAAUCGCUGGUUGGGUGAUACGAGGCACAAAUAUAGUAUUCGGCUAAAAUUGUUAUUCUUGGUCUUGGGCGUUUUAAGUCCUGGAAACUCCCUCAAGAAUUUAUCGAAAAUGGUUUGCUUUAGGUGUGCGAACUGUAAGUAAGGUAGUGUAGACUGUAGAUAUUCUGAUAUUAUUUCUGUCAGCCGUAGCAAUGUUUUAUUUAAUGUGUUGCCGGUGUGCGAAUAACUUUUCGUGUUAAAAUGUUGCGCUGUUUGCGUUAGCGUCGUGUUUUACCAGUUCACCCUUUCAUGAAGUUAGAUCAUCUGUUCUGUAAUAUGUUGGUGUCUCGCCGCUUGAAAAUAACGGGCACGAGUGUUGAACUAGUGUAUGUUCUGUACGCAAAGAUAGAUGUCAAACUUUUAGAUGCACCAUUGCUAUUGAAUGUAGCUAAAAUAUACAGUCUUUCGGAAGUAUGUGCGUAUGCAGGCAGACUAUUUUUAGUGUAAAUUAUUCACGUACACAUGUAUCAGUCAGUGUUCAGCGAAUAUAUUUUUUCAUAUACGAAGAUAUCACUAGAUUUAUAAGAGCGACAGCAGCAUUGUAAUUUUCUGUAAUGGAUUCCAGUAGAGGCACAAUAAAAUGAAUAUCUUAAUA